GCCAGAGACAUUUCCUGAGCACAUGCGACGACCGGCCAAUCGCCUUAGCUUGACGCGCCUCACAAGACCCUCGUAGUCCAGAUCCGGUACCAAACAAACCGUCACGUCUCGACCGCAGCCCCGCCCAACCUUGCGCCAAACUUAUAUACCGCUGCCCCUCAUGCCGCGCUCCAAGUCGAGUGUUGGCGUCAGCUCCGCCGUCAUGACUUCGCAGGAAGAGCCUGUUCAGCCCACCUACCGCGGCUAUGGUACCUUUGCUGCACAGCGCCAGCGACGCCACUCAUGGCACACGCGCCCUUGCAUGCAGGAGGCCGAGAACUUCCAACUCUUGCUUUGUAACUUCCUGACCGAGCUCAACUGCCGCCUGGAUUUUCUCGAAGACUACGGCCACCUCAAGUACGACGCUGGUGUCGAGUACGCAUACAACACCCUCCUCGCGGUUCGCGAAUCAUGCUCCAAGAUCUCCGAUGGCGCAAUCGAGGCAGGCCGGCGGCAGGCGUCCGUCUUCGUCGAGACGUUGGAAGAGCGGUACAAGGAUGCGCUGGAGCGCAAGGAGACGCUAGGAGAGAAGGUCUUGGAGGGAAUAGUACUCAUGGACAGCUACCUGACCGAGUUUGAGACGCGCGCAUACACGCUUGGAAACGGGUCUCUUGGGACCUAUGCGCACGACUUUUACGAAGAAGGUCUGAGGAAAAUGGACGAGGGCAUCGAAAUCGCAAAGGGGGUCGUUGACGGAGGUCUGGACAAGGCGCGGAGGGCCCGCGAAACCAUUGAGCUUCGUGUCGAACACGCUGUGCAGCGAGCGCUUGCACGAGCCAAGGCAAACGGCCUGAUACACUACGACGACCUGCCGGAGCCAUGGCGGGUGAACCCCCACAUCCUCAAAGGCUACCGAUUCCAAGAGGGCAAGUGGGCCUGUGUGCGAUCCAUCUUCGGCCUCCACAACGAGCUCAUCAACAUCUGGACCCAUCUUCUCGGUUUCGUCAUGGUGCUCGCCAUUGCCUUUUACUUUUACCCGUCGAGCACAAACUUCAGCAUGUCGACGAAUGCCGACAUUUUCAUCGCUGCCGUCUUCUUCUUUGCAGCAUGCAAGUGCCUGGCUUGCUCGACCAUCUGGCACACGAUGAACAGCAUUUCGCACCAGACACUGCUCGAGCGCUUUGCCUGCGUAGACUACACGGGCAUCUCGCUCCUCGUCGCAGCGUCCAUCAUGACGACCGAGUAUGCCGCCUUUUACUGCGAGCCCGUCUCACGCUGGUCAUACAUGUGCAUAACAGCACUGCUCGGCAUCGGCGGUGUCAUCCUCCCCUGGCACCCAACCUUCAACCGCGCCGACAUGGCUUGGCUGCGCGUCGUCUUCUACUGCUCUCUCGCUCUGACUGGCUUCCUUCCCUUUGGCCAGCUUGCAUACACGCGCGGCAUCGAGUGGGCGCAGUACUUUUACGCGCCCAUCACAAAGAGUCUCCUUGUAUACGUGACUGGCGCGUGCCUGUACGCGAGCAAGACGCCCGAGCGCUUCUUCCCUGGCUUCUUCGACUACGUGGGCUGCUCACACAACAUCUGGCAUGUUGCUGUGCUGGGAGGUAUCAUCUUCCACUACAAGGCCAUGCAGGCCAUGUUCACCCAGGCUCUUACCAGGGCACAGACGAGUUGCUCUGUGUACUAG